AUGGCAUACUACAGGCUGCAGGGGGCUGUCAGGACGCGUCUCAGUCAGCUCAAGUUCCCUUGGUGGAGAGCUGAGAGACAGAGGGAGGAGCUUGCAGCUGUUGUGAGCAAGAUGAACAACAGGCAGCGGUUUCGACGAGAGUACCUCUGUCUUGUCAAGCAACUCCCUGCUAUCAUCGCCCGCGAGGUGGAAGGACGAGUUCGAAAACGAUUUGAGAUGAUUCAGAAACCUUCCUCGAAAUGCAAGACUGAGCACUUGUCUGCUCGUGAGAUGAUGGUCGUUCACUCUGGAGCAAUCAGAUUGGAAGCAAGUGUUCGAAGAUGGAAGGCUCAGAUUGACAUGUUCUCAGCGUUUGCAGCAGCCCACGACAUUAUCUCCUCGUUUUUGCUGCAAGAGAGUCGUAGACUUGCUGGAAGGCUGAGACAGACUCCCGAGCAGGUCGCUGCCGAUCUGAUCACGAAACACAGUCAUGGCUACAUGUUCUCUCUAUCAAGAUCCUCUGCAACGACACUUCAAGCACAUGUCAGGAGCAGCUAUCACCACACGACAUUCUCACACUUCAAACACGUCAUGGUGAGAUGUCAAGCAAUGAGGAAAGAAAACGUUUACGCUAAGAAGGCAAGCAGCGUCAGUGUCUUGUCAGUUCGCAUCUCAACAUGUCUUCCGAGCUCCGAGAGGUUGGAGAAGGUCGAAGAAAGUCUUCUGGGUCAUACAAAGUUCCUGCAACUGCUCACCGCUGAAUUCAUGUGGAGUUUGCAACAAGACAACGAGCUGGCGGGGAUCUUGCAACAUCUCAGCAGACAUCUCAUCUCUCCUAACGAGCUCGUUGUUCACAUGUCAGAUGUUUUCAUCUCCUCUUUCCUUUCUAGGCUGCUCUUCUCACGGCGAGAAACGUUGUCCGAUCCAUCCCGAUGGCAUUUUCUCCUCGUGUUGCGGUCACAUUUAUCUCGCGGUCCCAGGGAGGUCGAUCGUUUCCUGUCAAACUUGACGCAGGACAACCUUGGUGAUAUCACGGGAUCACUUUCUUCGCCUGCUGUCGUUGAGCAAUUCAGCGAAUCUUUGAAACUCGUCUUGCGCAUCCUCACAGUCUGCCUGCGGAAAUCUCCCGACCUGUCGACGUUGGUGGAGCAGGAGAAGGACGCGCUGACCUCCUUGGCGAGGAUCUUGAAGAGCGAAAAUGCAAGCGGAGCCACUCCCAACUCGCCCAUGAGAGAAGAGGAGGAGCUCUCGUGCCAAGCAUGUUCCUGCCAUCCCUGCUCCUUGGAGGCGAUGCAGCUGCUAGAAGCUCUUCACAUCUUCAAUCGCGUCAUAGCGCAAGUCUCGCAGGACCAUGUUGACAUCGUGAAGAGUUUGACAAGAAAAAUGACCUGCCCCUCCUUUCAGUGUCGAUCUGCUGCCAUCAGAGUCCUCGCAGCCCUCGUGCGAUGCUACGGGGCUGUCAAGCGACUCGUGCAGAAAUCGCCGAGACUGCUGCGUUCGGUCUUGAAUGCUCUUGCAAACACGAACAAUGAAGAGCACAUGGAGAAGAUCGGCAAGUUUGUUGUUUACAGUUUCUCCGACUUCCCUUCAUUCAUCUGCUCGUCGUACAAGAGAGAGCUGGAAGAGUACAAGAACGUCUCCUCCCACGACAUGCCCGUCAAAGAUCAGAGCUCUCACCGCCACCUCCACUCCAUGCAUGACGCUCAUUCGAACAGAUCGCCUCGAAGAUCCAGCAUCAGAGAUCGGUCGGUCAAGGAAGGGAAGGCAGGAACAGUCGAGGCUGGACCUGACGAUGGAGCUAGAGAUGGAGGCGGUACUAGGCCGUCGACUGCCUUCUCUGCCUGGACCAAAAGCUCGGGAGAGGAAGAGGAGGAAGAGGAGAUUCUAUCUCUUAUGCUGAAGAAACCUCAGAAGCUUGAUCCUCUCUCCUUCUCGGUCAAAGUUGAGCUCAACAACAGCACAAGGAUCCGAGCAGAAGCAGGAGGCGGGGAGGGAAGAGAAGAAGGAAACGAGGGAGGAGGAGGAGAUCUCGUGCAUGGUCUGUCGCUGAGAGAGGUCCUGUCGCUGAGGUAUCAGGUCUUGAGCAUGUUUCAACUUCACGUCCCCGGCGCCAUGAGGCAACUCUUAAAGAUCUUGAGGGAGAAACUCAAGAGAAAGUCAGCCGGGUACAGACAAGUGAAGGAGACCUACUGGAUGUUGGAGGCUGCGGUGACGCUGGUGAAGGGCAUGGCGGCGUUUGUGGUCUCAGACGUUCACCAUCGAGACGAUCUCUUCGGCCCCAACUGGUACGACGUGGAGGAGGUGGAGGGGUUGGUGGAGGCAGGAGCACAGCUCGAGGAGGAGGCGAGGAGGCGGGUGGGAACAUGGACAGCGUAUGAGAGAGGGAGGAUGGUCGUCGUAGAGAGAGUUAGCUGCUCUUCCAUAUUCCUUGCCAUCUUUCUGCUGCAUGUCGACGACAAGUUCGGUCGUUGGAUGGUAAGGGCGCAGCUCAACAACCUCAGCGACUUGUUGCAUCGAGGAGACGAUGAGAUGAGGUUCCUUGCAGUGAGAUGCUUGCACGAGAUCACGAAGAGGUACCGGACAAGCAUACAGCCUUCCUACAUCUCUGCAGUCGUCAUGCAAGCUGCCAAGUUUGUGACAGACGACACGAGGGUUGAACGAUCUCUGACGAUGUUCAGAGACAGCAUUAGAAGGGACGAAGGAUGUUCUCAUAACCUGAAGAAGAUCAAUCUCAGUGAGCUCAUCGUCAGGAUCAAGAUCGACGAGCUGGAAGAAACCUUGUCAGCCGCGCACUCGUGCGAGACCAAGGUUGCACCUCCCUUGGACUGCUCUCCUCGAAGAUCUCUGCCUCCUCCUCCGUUCCAACAACUCCCUCCUCGCUGUGGAGACUUCAAACGCGCUGGCCGCCAUGUUAGCAUGCGACUUUGCAGGCAAGACAAUGUCACGAGGGGCCCGCUGUCUCACUCUCCUGCUCUUGUAGACGUUCAAGUCACAGCCUCCUGUGCCAAGGGGAUGCCGCAGGUAGAGCGAUGGGCCGUUAGCAACGUCAUGUGCCAGCUACGAGGAUCUGAUCAACACACGGACACCUGCCGAUCGAUGGAGCCUGUCUGGUUGCAGAACAAUCAACUUCACCAGCAAGUGAACGACUACAAGGCUGCCGUUAUGCUCGAUCUGGUUCAUGCUGGUUCAAGUAACCAAGUGACCAUUGGGAGCGUCCUGCUACCCGUCCACCAGCUGCAUGCUGCGGUGGCGAGGCGAAAGACGACGGGGUUUGUGGUGACGGGGAGGAGAGGCAAAACAGCAGGAGGGGAUUACAUUGCCGUGUCCUCCAAGACCGAAGUCGUGAUGGAGAGAUGGUUCGAGAUCGACAAGGAAGGGAACCAGGUCAGCGGCUACUUCGGACGCUUCACAGGGUUCGGACAGGGCGGGGAGAUAGUGGGGAUGAAGAAAUGUCAGAGUGAGAUCUUUCUCAAGAUCAAGUACCUUCUACACAUUCAGGUUGCAGAUGUUGUUGAGCGGAGCCUGUGGAUUGCAAUCUUUCUUGUGGAGGGUUUUCUGCUGUCGGACGAGAGUGGCAGGAGAUUGGCAGGGUCAAAGCUGCUCACUAGCGCGCUGAAACAUUCAGGCUCAACGCACUUCACAUGCUGCUGGAAGUUACCAACAGGAACGAUCUCUAUCAGCUUCUUGCCUUCUUCUUUGAACCGAAUCUCGUGCAAGAGCUUUCCAGGUCCCCUCCAACCUUGUUCUUCCUCUCCUUACCCGCCUGAUCGUCGCAGCCUCCUCGCUCUUCUCUCUCAGCAUGUCAGCAGCAACAAGUUUGCGUCCUCCCAUGAGCUCCAGGAUCUCAGCGUGAAGGGCGAGAACCUACUCGCGGCGCUGAAGCUGGCAUGGAAGAAGGUGCCGAUGGCGACAAAGAUGCGAUUCAAUGUCGACACUUGCAAGACACCAGAUGCUCUCUUGUAUGCUCCUGAUGGUCUGCGGGGUAAGAUGAGAGCUGGGGAGGAAGAGAAUGGUAGUGAUGGAGGGUCAAGAGGAGCGAUGGAUGAGUUAGAUGUUGAGCAGUUGCACAUGUCAUGGAGAUUUUGCUCUUUCGGGCAGUUGACGGUGACAACUUGGACAGAUGCAUGGUUGUUUGCAAACGCAAUCGUUGGCGACAUCUUUGAUGAGAAGGAGCAAGAAGAGAUAAAUCCCAAUCGCAGCAGCCAUCUGCUCCUAUCCCUCGACCUCGGUCGCGUGGGAACGAGCAAGGAGGAGCAGGAGGAGGAGGGGGCGUCUGCUCUGUCUCCUGCUAGCUCGGCUUACCUUGUCUCCGAUGUGUCACGAGCUUCGACUAUCAAGGAGCUGCUGGCCCGCGUCAAAGGAGCAGGAGGAGCAGGAGCAGGAGGGCUCCUCACAGGGCGGAAGAAACUUCGGAAGAAGGUCACAAAGACAAAGAAGACGAUGGCGAAGACGAUUCAGUUCUCAGAAACUCCUUCCUCCCCCUCGCGCUUCAAGACCUCCAAACCCAAGACUGCCGUCUGA